AUGGACAGUGAUAUAAUUGAUGAAGAAUUUAUAUAUGGAAAAAAUAUAGAAAAAAUAAAAAAAAAAAAAGAAUUAAUUUUAGACUGUUUAAAAUCUGUAGUUGACCCAGAUUUAAAAAAAAAUAUAGUAGAAUUAAAUUUUAUUCGUAAUCUAAAAAUUCAUGAAAAUGAUAGUAAAAAAUAUUUAGUGAAUUUUGAUUUAAAUUUAACAACCCCUGCUUGUCCAGUUAAAGAUGAUUUAGUCUCAGAAUGCAAAAAAAAACUUGGUAUAUAUGAAUGGAUAGAAGAAAUAAACAUUAAUACAACAUUUAUAAAUUUUAAUGACAAAAAAAAAAAAACCAAUAAAAUUGAAAAUAUUAUAUUAGUAUAUAGUUGUAAAGGAGGAGUAGGAAAAUCUUUUUUUUCAGUUAAUUUUUCUUACUAUUUAAAAAAAAAGGGAGCAUCGGUUGGACUUUUAGAUGCUGAUAUUAAUGGACCAAGUUUACCCACAUUAUUGCCAUUUGAAUAUACAUAUGCUAAAUUUAAAAGAAUUGAAAAAAAAAAAAAAAAAAGUAAUAAAAUUUUUUAUGAAAAGGAAAAAAAAAACAAAAAAGAUUCUUCCGAUAUUAUUAAAAAAGAGAGCUUAGGAGACUUAUAUUUUUUUGAUACAAAUUUAAAUGAAGAAAUUGAUUUAGAACAAGAAAAAGAAGAAUCAAGAAAAAAAAUAAAGGAACAAAAUAAUAAUAAAGAAACUUAUAAAUACAUAGAUAAUAAAAGUAAAAUGAAAAAUGGCAGAAAUAAUCUUAUGUAUCAUGAUGAUAAUAUUAUAAAUAAUGGUAUACAUAGAAAUGAUUAUGACUCCUAUGAUGAAGAAAAUAAAGAUAAUAUUAAUGAGAAAGAUGAUAUUGAAGAUAGCUCAUCUAUAAUUGAACCAUUAAUGUAUAAUGGUGUUAAAUUAAUGUCGUAUGCAUAUAUAAAGAACAAAAGCAAUUUAGGAUUUGCCUCAUUUAGAGGUCCCAUAUUAAAUGAGUUAAUAAAAGAAUUUUUAAAUAAUGUAGAUUGGGGUAUCUUAGAUUAUUUAAUCAUUGAUAUGCCACCAGGAACAAAUGAUAUACAUUUAAAUUUAUUUGAAUCUGAAAAAAUUGAUGGUAUAAUUAUGAUAAGUACGCCAAAUGAUUUAUCAAUUAAUGAUGUAGAAAAAGGAUUAAACAUGUGUAAUUAUUUUAAUAUCCCCAUUGUUAGUUUAAUUAUAAAUAUGAAUUAUUUUGUAUGUGAUAAUUGUGAUAAGAAACAUUAUAUUUUUAAUAAUGGUAAUAUUGAAUCUCUGAAAAAGAAAAUUAAUAAUAUAUAUGAAAUUCCUUUUCAUUCUUUAUUAUCUAAAAAUGUUUAUUAUAAUAACCAUGAUAAUCAAAAAAAGUUCCCAUUUAUUUUAGCCUAUGAAAACCACUUUUUAAUUGAUAAAUUAGAAUAUAUUUUUCAAAGUAUUAUAAGAGAAAUUUCUAUUUUAAAAUAUAACCAUACAUUAAAUUUACCAUCUUUGCAGAUUUACAAUAAAAAUUAUAUUCAAUUAUGUUUCGAUACUAUGGAAAAUAAGUAUGUUUUUUCAGAAGACGUAUUAAUAUGUCAUAUUAAAGUUGUAAGAUUAAAAUGUAAAUGUGAUAUAUGUAACUUAAAAAAAAAAAAUAACAAAAAGAUUGUAUUAGAUUAUAAUUUAUACAUAAAAGAAAUAAUAAAAUUAGGUAUUUAUAAUGUUAAAAUUAUUUGGUCCGAUAAUCAUGUUUCUAUAUAUUCAUAUGCUUAUUUAAAACAUAUUUUUCAAAAAAAAAGAUUAAAUAACAGUAGUAUAUAUUGUCAAUCUAACAAUAAUAAAAAUUAUGAAUGGUAA